AAAAGACUAAAUAAUUUACACAUAAGAACAACAGUUCACAUUAAAUGGGUUUCAAUGGGGCCUUAAAUUGCAUUCUAUUAAUGUUUGAAGAUGUCAGUCAUUAGCAAUUCAGAUUCCGUGAGAGCACAAAAAUAGGAAGGGCUUUCAGUAUCCGUUCAGAGUUUUUCUUUAGAGUCCUUAUAUGAUGUAAACUGUAAUAUGGAAAAUACACAGCUUGAACAUCAUCCAUUAUCUGUUACUACUAAGGCAAAUUUAUAAAACUUCAUCAAGACUGUUUCCGUAUUAACAAAUAAUCUGCCUUUGGCUCCCCCCGAUGGCCAAUUAUUAGUAUUACAGGUAGCCAUAAAUGGCGUACUGUCGCAAAACUGUUGCGAAAACUAGCCAGGCAAAUAUGAGAAACGUGCGUAGUGCUCGUUCUCGUUAAAAGCUUAAGACAUUUAGUUUAAGUAUACUUAGUUAUACAUGUAUGUAAGAAGUCGCGUGUAUUCCGUUUAGUGUCUAAAGAGUCAGUGUUGUUUUAGUUAUGGCGCUUUAUAUGAAGGCAGCAGAGAUUCUUGAUAAAGUGGAGCAGAAAAAGGGGGCUGUGAAAACUUUGGUGUAUGAGAGUAAAUAUCAAAAUAUCAAGCAACUCUUUGCACUCGUGUGUGAAACACAGAAAUACUCAUCGGUUCUGCUGGAGAUCAUCAAGAGCACCAGCUUUCUGAAAGAAACAAAACUCCGGAUUCACUUGGCAAAGGUGCUUGUGUAUGACCUGCUCAUUGGACGUGGGGUGAAAUGUGGAGGCGCCUGGAAGGUGAUGAUGUUGAAGCAUCGCUCCAGACUACAAGCUGCUCUGGCAAGAAUCAAAAUCAAAAGGAAAGUCAGUCGAAACCAGGACCUGCUGCCUACACAUUUCCAGCUGUCUCAGGAUGACGUCAUCCCACGCUAUGUGCGAGUGAAUACAUUGAAAACAACUCUUGAUGAUGUCAUUGACUACUUAAAGAGGGAGGGAUUCACAUAUCAGGGAACUGCAAACCGGCUGCAAGACCUUGAUCAUCUGUCUGGGAAGACCUUUCUCUGUGAUCUUCAUCUCAAAGAUCUUCUGGCUUUCAGUCCAAAGACAGACUUUCACAAUCACUUCCUUUAUAAAGCUGGACACAUUAUAUUACAAGACAAGGCCAGUUGCCUUCCUGCUUUCCUAUUGAACCCGCCUGUUGGUAGCCAUGUUAUCGAUGCUUGUGCAGCCCCUGGGAACAAAACCAGUCAUCUAGCUGCCAUAAUGAAAAAUAAAGGGAAGUUGUUCGCCUUUGAUCUUGAUGCAAAACGCCUGUCCACCAUGAGCACUCUUCUCCUUCGAGCUGGGGUCAUGUGUCAUCAGCUGGCCAAUCAGGAUUUUCUGAAAGUUGAUCCACAAAGCUCAGAGUACAAGGAAGUGGAGUACAUCCUUUUAGACCCCUCUUGCAGUGGAUCAGGGAUGGUGUGUCUGCGAGAUGAGUUUACAGAGCCGCAGGAAGAUGUGCGUCUGCAGGCACUGGCUGCAUUUCAGUUGCACUGUCUCAAUCACGCACUGCAGUUCCCACAAGUACAGCGCAUCGUCUACUCUACCUGCUCCAUUCACUCGCAGGAGAAUGAGGAAGUGGUGUCUGCCUGCCUUCAGCAGAACCCUGGAUUCAGACUAGUCCAUCUUCUUCCAAACUGGCUAGAGAGGGGUCAUGACCCUUUCACGCAAUGCCUUCGUGCUAGCACAACAAAAACACGGACUCAUGGGUUCUUUGUGGCCAUGUUGGAGAAAUGUCCCCCGCAGACUGAUGGAGAGAGCACCCGGAUUAUCACAACACUGUCCACUCCUGGUGAGGAAAAGCAGGACACACAGCAACCUAGUCAACCUGAUGAGGAACAAGGAAAUGCAGAGAAUGCAACCUUAGAGCAACCUACAAAUCCUAGCUCAAAGAAGAAGAGGAGAAGUAGAAAGAAGCACAAAAAGCAAGACUCUUGAAGUUACAGAGGACUUGUGUUAAACGGAUAUUCUGGGUUCAGUACAAGUUAAGCUCAAUUGACAGCAUUUGUGGCGUAAUGUUGAUAACCACAAGUUAUUUCGACUUGCCCAUACUUUUAAAUAAAGCAGAAAUCUGGGUUACAGUGAGGCACUUACAAUGGAAGUGAAUGGGGCCAAUUCAUAAACAUUAAAAUACUCACUGUUUCAAAAGUAUAGCCACAAGACAUUAAUAUGCUUGUUAACAUGAUUUUUGUGUGAAAAAAUCUUGGUAACCUUUUCUCUGGACAGUUAUAUGCAAUUUUACAAAUUUGUUGCUAUGAUGAUAUAAAGCUGCAAACAUUAAUACCCUAAAACGACCUUAAUAAUGAAGAUUUAAACAACUUUACAGCUCAAUACACACGUUUUAACAGAAGAAUGCAUAUAAAUGCUUUGUAUAAAAUUAUAAGCUUCACAUUUGUGCAAUGUUCUUCUGCAGAACACACAUGAAGAUUUUUAGAUGAAUAUCUCAGCUUUGUCGGUCCUCAAAAUGCAAGUGAAUGGUGGCCAGAAAUUUGAAGGUCCAAAAAUCACUCCAGUGGUUUAAUCCAUGUCUUCUGAAGCGAUCCAUUCGGUUUUGGGUGAGAACAGACCAAAACAUAACUCCUUUUUCACUGUAUAUCUUGCUAUUGCAGUCUAUAGGCAUGAUCAUAAUUUCAAGAGGGAUAGAUGGCUUUAGGAAGUGUUAUUGAGCUUGAAAUCACAAUCGCCAAAGAGACGGAUAUCAAGAUUUUAAGUGAAAAAGUUAUAUUUACGUCUGUCCCUUUAAACCUUCCACAAAUCGGCCCCAUUCACUUCUAUUGUAAGUGCUUCACUGUAACCUCGAUUGUUGCUUUUUUUUUAUUUAUU